CCAUUGAAGAUUUGACAAAGGCGAAGAAGCUGCAACACAUUUCGGACCUUUGGGCUCACACCAUCAAUACCUCUGAUCCUGAUGACAAACGCCAAUCUGGAUUCUGCAGUUCCAGGAGGCCAUGAAUUCUGGGAGGACACCGUUAACCCACUACAGCCAUCGAGAACAGGAGCAGGAGGCUGGGUGCGGUGGCUCACACCUGUCAUCCCGGCGCUUUGGGGGACCUACGCAGCAGGAUCGCUUGAGCCCAGAUGUUUGAGACCAGCCUGCGCUCCGCGCCCCCAUCGCCCCUCCUGCGCUAGCGGAGGUGAUCGCCACGGCGAUGCCGGAGGAGGGUUCGGGCUGCUCGGUGCGGCGCAGGCCCUAUGGGUGCGUCCUGCGGGCUGCUUUGGUCCCAUUGGUCGCGGGCUUGGUGAUCUGCCUCGUGGUCUGCAUCCAGCGCUUCGCACAGGCUCAGCAGCAGCUGCCGCUCGAGUCACUUGGGUGGGACGUAGCUGAGCUGCAGCUGAAUCACACAGGACCUCAGCAGGACCCCAGGCUAUACUGGCAGGGGGGCCCAGCACUGGGCCGCUCCUUCCUGCAUGGACCAGAGCUGGACAAGGGGCAGCUACGUAUCCAUCGUGAUGGCAUCUACAUGGUACACAUCCAGGUGACGCUGGCCAUCUGCUCCUCCACGACGGCCUCCAGGCACCACCCCACCACCCUGGCCGUGGGAAUCUGCUCUCCCGCCUCCCGUAGCAUCAGCCUGCUGCGUCUCAGCUUCCACCAAGGUUGUACCAUUGCCUCCCAGCGCCUGACGCCCCUGGCCCGAGGGGACACACUCUGCACCAACCUCACUGGGACACUUUUGCCUUCCCGAAACACUGAUGAGACCUUCUUUGGAGUGCAGUGGGUGCGCCCCUGACCACUGCUGCUGAUUAGGGUUUUUUAAAUUUUAUUUUAUUUUAUUUAAGUUCAAGAGAAAAAGUGUACACACAGGGGCCACCCGGGGUUGGGGUGGGGGUGUGGUGGGGGGUAGUGGUGGCAGGACAAGAGAAGGCAUUGAGCUUUUUCUUUCAUUUUCCUAUUAAAAAAUACAAAAAUCAGCUGGGCGUCGUGGCGUGCAUCUGUAAUCCCAGCUACUCGGCCGACUGAGGCGGGAGAAUCGCUUGAACCGAGGAGGUGGAGGUUGCAGUGAGCCGAGAUUGCGCCACUGCACUCCAGCCUGGGCAACAGAGCAAGACUCUGUCUCAGGAAAAAAAAAUGUUCUUGGUUAGGGAUGUUUGAAGAACAGAGGAAGUGGGCUGGGCACGGUGGCUCAUGCCUGUAAUCCCAGCACUUUGGGAGGCUGAGGAAGGCAGAUCGCUUGAGCCUAGGAGUUCAAGACCAGCCUGGGCAACAUAGUGAGACCCCCAUCUCUACAAAAAAUACAAAAAUUAACCAGAUGUAGUGGUGUGCUAGUCCAAGCUACUCCAAAGGCUGAAGUGGGAGAUUGGGUAGAGCCCAGGAGGUCAAAGGCUGCAGUGAGCCGUGAUCAUGCCACUGCACUCCAGCCUGAGCAAGAGUAAGAUUCCUUGUCAAAAAAAAAAAAAAAAGUUCUGUUUUCUCCUUGGUGCAUCUAUUUGACAAGAGAGGAAACACAAAGAUCACUUUGGGUGACUGUCUCUCAAAGCAGACAAUGCAAAAUACCUAACGAGCUGGGAGGCCAGGGCGGGUGGAUCACUUGAAAUCAGGAGUUCGAGACCAGCCUGGCCAACAUGUAAAACUCCGUCUCUACUAAAAAUACAAAAAUUAGCCAAGCGUGGUCGAGGGCACCUGUAAUCCCAGCUACUCAGGAGGCUGAGGCAGGAGAAUCGCCUGAACCCAGGAGGCGGAAGUUUCAGGGAGCCAAGAUCGCGUCAUUGCACUCCUGCCUGGUGAUAGGUGUUGCCAACCACCAUGGCACACAUUUAACAAUGUAACGGAACUGCACAUCCUGCACAUGUACCCCAGAACUUAAAUAAUAAUAAUAAAAGAUCAUUUGAGGUCAGGAGUUCAAGACAAGCCUGGCCAACAUGGCGAAACCUCACCUCUACUGAAAAUACAGGGUCUUGAUCUGUCACCCAGGCUGCAGUGCAGUGGCAUGAUCCUGUCUCACUGCAGCCUCAAACUCCUGGGCUCAAACGAUCCUCCCACCUCAGCCUCCCAAAUAGCUAGGACCGCCAGCACAGGCCACUA